CCUCCGCGUUCCGCGUGCUCUCUCGCCGCUGCAGCCAUGCGGUGGGCGUGGCCAGCGGCCGUUCACCUUACCGCGUGUAACAGCCCAAUUCAGAUGAUUUGCUAGCCGGUCGACCGCCAUUUUCGCCCAGACUUUGAGAGCCUGAUCAAUUCAUCGACCAAUCAGAGAGCAAUGUCUUGCCGUCUAUCAACCAAUGAGAGCUUUACACCUACUGUAUUCGAUUCGAUCUCAUGUGCAAGUUGUUUCUUCUAUAUCUAUAUGCUUGCACACCCCUAUUCGAGUAAAUAUCGUACGUUCAAAUGUCCGGCUGGAUUGGCCAUUUGCAGUCCAAACGAGGAGGAUUGUAAUUGUGAUAAUCCUCGGGUUGUCUACAAUUUGCCUGAAUAUACGCUGGAUAGAUCCCAAAUCACAUCACUUGCGGAUCUUCGUCUUGAACCACCGUUGAAUGACAAAUUUGCACAGUUUACCGAGCAGUGCUGUGCAGCGGCUCGAAAAUGCUGCAGAAAUACACUUUUACCCAACAGUCAAUCUCCUCAACAAGGCUGUCCUGCAACAUGGGAUGGUUGGCAAUGUUUUGAACCCGCAGAGGCUGGAAGCGUAGUAGAAGGUCAAUGUCCACCGUAUAUCUAUGGCGAAUCAGCCAGCACAGAUGCGUCUCUACAUUCACGUAAAAUCUGCACCAAUUCCGGAUGGUUCAUUCAUCCGAGCAGCACAUCCGAUUGGACCGAUUAUGCUGGUUGUAUGAUGGUUCAGCCGGAAAAAGCAGGAAAGCUGCUUGCUGGUAUAAUUGCCUAUUCAAUAAGUGUGGUAUGCUUGAUACCAGCCAUAUUUAUUUUGUGGUUUUUCCGAACGCUUCGACAUCAGCCGAUGUUCACAGUGCACCGUCACCUGUUGAUAUCGUUCCUGCUCCUGGGCCUGCUUUACCUAAUCACCAGCAGCUACUUCUUCUUUGAAGGUUCCCCAGGCUUUGGUCAAACCAACGCCAAUCAUAUUGUUUGCCGUAUCCUGUUCCUGAUCCAGCUGCGUUACCUUCGACUUGCCACCUUCAGCUGGAUGCUCGCUGAAGGCGUCUAUCUAUUCCGUCUUCUACAAAGUGACAGCGCCGAUGGUGACAGCCUGACCAUCUACAAACUACUAUGCUGGGGUGUACCAGCGGUUAUCUCCUUGAUAUAUGGAGUACUUCGAUUAUUUUAUAAUAACGAAAAAUGCUGGUUCGAACCUACAGAAAACGGCUUUGUUGAAGCUACUAUAAGGGUCCCUUGUUUAUUAGCACUUGCAGUAAAUAUAGUAAUAAUGUCGCGAAUAUUGUAUAUUUUGGUCAAGAAACUUCGACAUGAUCCACAUUUGGAACGAAUACAGUAUAAGAAAGCUGUUAGAGCGGCCGUGAUGCUGAUUCCAGUCUUUGGCUUGCAAUUUUUAUUUACAAUCUAUCGUUUGGAGGAUAUAACACAUCAAGUGAUAAAUCUUACUAUGGAUGGUUUACAGGGCUGUGCUGUGUCAAUAAUCUUCUGUUACACGAACAAGUCGGUUUGGGACUGUGCCAAAAAAUGGUGGAAAGGCGUUUGUGACUCGAGAUCGCUGGAAGCCGAUUUACGCACUAGAAUGAGUAUUGCAAAUGAUACGAAGGCACCGCUGGUCGAC